AUGCGUGCUGCUCAAAAGCACCCAACAGCCAUUACAUUGGAACCGUUGGUGAAGUUCACACAGAAGCAGCUAUGUCAAACUCCGCGCAAUAAGCUGGUCCAUUUAUGUGAUCAAAGCUAUGGUUCGAGCAUCCUUUCCAAAAUUGUGCAUGAUACUGGGCCCAUCCUUGCGGGGAGAUCCCUUGACGGAAUUAACACGAUAAUGCUUCAGCACCUACUCCCCAUCAUUGAUGACAUGGGCAACUAUGAGACUGUUGAUUUGAAUGCAUGGCUUCGGCAUACCAUUACUAGUGUCAGCACAAAUGCAACAUAUGGAAAUUUGAACCCAUUCAAAAAUCGACACAUUGAAGACACAUUCUGGGAACUCGAACGUAAUGUGGCCCUACUACUGGCCAGCAUUUUGCCAUGGAUACUUGCCCCUAAGACCUGGAAGGCACGCAAGACUUUGUGUGCUGCGUUCAAAACUUAUUUCGACCUCGGCGGUCAUGAAGACGGCUCGGAGCUAGUAGCCAUGCGAUAUAGGUCAUUCCUGGGGGCUGGACUUACUCACGAAGAAAUAGCAUAUGCGGAAAUGCCCCUAAUUGUAGGAUUACUAGCAAACACCGUUCCUGCCGCAUUCUGGGUUCACUUUGAGCUUUUCUCGAGACUACAACUGCUCGAAGAGGUACGCGAAGAGAUAGAGCAGAACGCCCUCAAGAUCGCACCCGACGGUACGCAUAUCAUUGAUGUAGGGUACUUUCGCGAUGAUUGUCCACUUCUGCUCUCGGUGUACCAAGAGGUUCUACGGACAAGGUCAACAAUGGUAACCAUCCGGGUCGUGACACAGGAUGUUGUCCUCGCGGACAAAUAUUUUCUCCGUUCUGGAACCAUGCUCUUCAUGCCAGCGAAGCAAUUAGGCCGAGAUCAGAGCGCUUGGGGAAAUUCGGCUGACGAGUUCGACGGACGAAGGUUCAUGAGAUCCACUACAACAACCGAGAAUAAUGGUGGCAAGAAAAAGGAGGCCCGGCGCAUCGGCAGAUUCAUGGCAUUCGGUGUUUCUCCCUCAAUCUGCCCAGGACGCCACUUUGCCACUAGUGAGAUCUUGGCACUGGCAGCUAUGAUUGCCUUACGAUACGAUGUUGCUCCGGUCGAUGGGUCCUGGAAUGCGCCACCGAAAGUGAAAUCGGCAACCAUAUCCAACAUGUGUCCGGUUGAGGGAAUGUUCCCCGUGACCGUGAAAAAGAGACAGAAGUAUGAUGGGAAGUCGUGGCAGUUCGAAGUCACUGAAGGUAAAGGGCAGUUCAAUUUGGCUGUGGGUUAG